AUGCAAAAGCAGACUGCGCUGCGCCUGUCGGAGGUCAACCUCCUCGUCGUCACCGAUGUGCACUCUUUCCUCGCCGCCCACCUGCACGCGGAUGGCAUGUGCGGCGUCGAGAGGUGCGACGCGUCCUUCGGUGCACUGCUGUCUUUCGUCCAGCACCUCCGCGCCGCGGGCGACAAGCAGGGGAAGGACGUCUUUUUCUUCGACAACGGUGACGUGGUUGACGGGACCGGGCUAAGCUCUGCCACGCCCGUCCACGGCAAGGCGGUGCUCCCGCUGCUGACCAGCCUGCCGCUCGAUGCACUGAACUGCGGCAACCACGAGCUCUACCAGAGCAGGACUGUUCUCGAGGGGCUGCUUGGCACGGUCGGCCCGCGGCCGUCCUUUGUCGGCAGCUGGAACGGGACUUACCUCACCUCCAACAUCGUACUCGCCUCGUCGGGAGCGCCGCUCGGAUCGCGCUUCGCCUUGCUGAAAGGGCGACACGGGACUCGGCUGCUCGUCCUCGGCUGGCUGUACGAGAUGCGCGACCACUGCGCCGCCGUCAACGUCACUAAGAUCGCGGCGGCCGUGAGCGAGCCGUGGUUUGCUGCGGCGAUGGCGCACGCUGCGCACGUCGACGCGAUCGUGCUCCUCGCGCACAUGCACUACGCCGACCCGCUCGUGGGCGAGAUGCUGGCCGCCAUCCGCAGGGCGGUGGGGCCGGCAGUACUCGUGCAGGUCCUCGCGGGCCAUUCCCACAUCCGCGCCUCCGCGCGCCUCGACGCGCGCGCGGCGGUGCUCGAAGCAGGCCACUACGCGGACACGGUUGGCUUCGCGUCGUUCAACGCCUCGCGCGGAGUGUCACUCCACCACAGCUUCGUGCACGAGUAUGUGCAUAUGAGCCGCGCCUCGCUCGCCGCCGCCGCCGGGGUCGCCGCUGCCGCGUUCGACACGCCGGCAGGCCUGGCGCUGUCGCGCCGCAUCGACGAGACGCGCGAUGCGCUCGGAGUCUCGACUGCUCUCGGCUGCGCGCCACGCACCUACCGCGCCUCCGCCCCCCUCGGCGCGGACGACUCGCUCUGGUCGCUCUAUUUGGACGUCGUCGCGCCGGCCGCCCUCUUCACGCCUGCGCGCAACGCAUCGCAGUGCUUCCUCACCUCGACCGGCGCGUUGAGGUAUGACUUGUACGCCGGCCGUGUGACCCGGGACGACGUGGCGAUGGUCCUUCCCUUUGAGGACCGGCUGUGGGUGGUGCAGGCGCGCGGAGACGUCAUCUCCAAGGCGUUGGCCUCGCUCAACAGCGGGUCGGCCGGCGGAGAGGACGGGGAGGAGGGGGAGCGGCCCUUGCGUGCGGAGCAGGCGGCGUUGCCUCGGUACGCGGCGACCCCGAGCGCGCUCGCGCCCGAGCAGCUCUUUGACGCGAUCGUGGGCGAUUUCGACCGGGACGCUGUCGCGGGAGCCAUCCGCACGGCUGGCGGGGCCGCCGUCGGCCCGCCCGUGCGCUACGACAAGGCCGCAGUUGCAGCUCGCAGCAUUGCGCCACCGCCAACAGACACGGAUGCGUGGCUCCGCUGGGCGAGGACGUUGCCGCAGCCACCAUGCGGGGUCGCGUCUAGGUGAGACCGGAAGCAGUUCGAGGUUUUGGCGCUUGGAGUUAUCGUCACCUGCCACACAGUCUCAAUAGGACUCUCUCUCUCUCUCUCUCUUCACAUAAUAUGCGCAUGUGACAGACUCGACUCUAUCUCUCUCGCACACGGAUCCAGCGCACUACGCCAUAUAAACCGGGCUUGAAAGACACACAAACGGACCCAAACCACCCCGCGCACAACGCGCGACCGAUCGACUUUGCGCCCCCGCGGCGUGUCACAGGGACAGGCGCUCGCGGGCGCUUUUUGAUUGCGUGAGACAUAUGCAAAGUGUGGUCAG